CCCCUUUUUUUUUCUGUUUUGCUUGUUCAUCAUGGCAGGAUAUAGUAGUUUAGGAGCUUAUAGUUAUUGGUCAGGACUUACAGUCUCGCUCUUGACAGUAGUUGGACUUUAUAUGCUUUUCACCGGUUCUGGUGAGGAAUUCAAUGUUGGUAAAUUACUUCAAGAAACUUCACCUUUUGCUUGGGCAUUGACCGGUAUGGCUCUUUGUAUUGGUCUUUCUGUCACAGGUGCUGCAUGGGGUAUCUUCAUUACAGGUUCUGCACUCUUAGGUGGUGCUGUAAAGACACCUCGUAUUCAAUCUAGAAACUUGAUUUCAAUUAUUUUCUGUGAAGUUGUUGCUAUUUACGGUGUCAUUAUGGCCAUCGUCUAUUCUGCCAAGUUGAGUGAUGUUCCUCCCGAAAAUAUCUUUUCCAACUCCAACUAUUUCACUGGUCACGCUAUCUUUUGGGGUGGUUUAACUGUUGGUGUAUGUAACUUGUUGUGUGGCCUUUCUGUUGGCGUCACAGGAUCAAGUGCUGCUUUAGCUGAUGCUCAAAACCCUGAGCUUUUCGUCAAAGUUUUGGUUGUCGAAAUUUUCGGUUCUGUUCUUGGCCUCUUUGGUCUCAUUGUUGGUUUAUUAACCACCGGUAAAGCUGCUGACUUUCAUUAAGUAGAUUUCAAUAAAUAUAAAAAUAAAACAUCGUUCAGUAUAUCCUUCUUUUUCUUUGUAGUCGUCGAAUGUUUCAUUGUAAAAGUGAUGGGAUUUAUUGUCAUAUUCUAAUGGUUUAAAA